GUGUCCCGGUUGGUGAUUCUUCAUGAGGAUGCGGAAGAUGGAAACGCCAUGCCUGAUCUGGCUCAGCCGAUUAGGGUGGUCAAGUUGGCUGUGGACAACCUGGUCAAAGUGGGCUAUGAGACAAUCAAUAGCAGUGAGGAUCAGAUCCUGAAACAAGACAUGCCUCCGGCGCUGAAACGAGUGGAGGAGUCAUCACUGUUUCUUCUGGAUGCUUCGGCAAUGCUGAGGACUGAUCCUUUUUCUGGGCCUGCUAGGAAGAAGCUUAUUGAAGGAUCAAGAGGUAUUCUUCAGGGUACAUCUGCAUUGCUGCUGGCGUUUGAUGAAUCCGAAGUGCGGAAAAUUAUUCGCAUGUGCAAGAAUGUCUUGGAGUACCUGGCAAUUACAGAAGUUGUGGACAGAAUGGAUGAUUUGGUUACAUUUGUCAAGAAUCUGAGUCCAGUGUUAACAAGAAUGACUAAAGAAGUGGACAAUCGAGAGAAGGAACUAACCCAUCAAGUGCAUAGGGAUAUGUUGGUCAGGUCUUUGGAGCAGGUCAAGGUCCUGACCCCAGUACUCAUCAGUGGCAUCAAGAUAUUCAUCACUGCCAGCCAAUCAGGUCAAGGAAUCAAGGAAGCCCAGAACAACCGUGACUACACAGUGAGAAAAAUGUCGGAUGAGAUCAACGAGAUCAUCCGUGUCCUGCAGUUGACCACCUAUGAUGAGGAAGAGUGGGAUGCUGAUGAUUUGACCGUCAUGAAGAAAGCUCAGAAUGCAAUCGACAGCAGGAUGAAGUCAGCACAUGAUUGGCUAACUGACCCAGCAGCUUUGGUUGGAAGCCUUGGAGAUAAAGCCAUCCGUCAGACUUUGGAGGAUGCAAGGAAAAUUGCUGAAAAGUGCACCAACCCUGCAGAUAGAGAUGCCAUCCUGCGCAGUGCCAGUGAUAUUGAGAGCAUGGUGAAUGCCUUAUCUGAACUGAGACAGCAAGGAAAGGGAAGCACUUCUCAAGCUUUGGCUCUUGCUCGCAGCAUCCAGGACAAGCUGAAGGAGCUACAAGCGCAGACAGCCCAGGGCAUCAUCAAUACCGAGCGCAGUGGGAUCAGAAAGCCAGCACCUACGGUAGAUGGUAAAGUCGAGCAGGCUCGUCAGUGGCUGGCCAAUCCUGGCUUGGAUGACAAAGGACUUGGAGAAGCUGCGACACGUUUGGUUGUUGCCGAGGGCCGCAAGGUUGCCAAUUGUUGCUCAGGCCCUCAGAGACAGGAGCUGCUGAGACUGUGUGAUGAAGUGGAGAUUCUGACCAAUCAGCUGUCAGAUUUGUGCAAGAGAGGCCAGGGAAAUGGACCCCAGGCCAAGGCUAUUGCACGGAACCUGGAUGACAAGUUGGCUUCUCUCAAGGUCAAAAUUCGAGAUGCCUUGGUCAAUCAAGUUGCUGAAGAUUUUAUUGAUUUGAACACCCCACUGAAGCAGUUGAGUGAAGCAGCAGUUGUUCCUCUGGGCACACCGGGUCGUGACGAUAACUUUGAGGGGAAAGUGCGUCAUUUCCAGGACCACGCCAACCGCCUGGCAGACACAGCCAACUCUGUGGCAACCGCUGGCGGCUGCCCCAACAAGCACACGGUUGAAGCCAUUUUCAAGAACUCAAACCAGAUCAAAGACCUAACACCUCAAGUGAUCAAUGCAGCCAGGGUGCUGUUCUCAAACCCAAACAACCAGGCAGCCCAGGAGCACUUUGACUUGUUGAGGAAACAGUGGUCGGAUAACAUGGACAGGCUUCGGCUACUUGUGGAUGAAGCUGUGGAUUCAGAAGCACUAAUCCGUGCACAAGAGCAAGGCAUCCUCCGAGACACUGAGAGAAUUGAAGAUGGGAUCCGAGCUCGGGACUCUCCAAAGAUUGCUGCUGGUGCCUCAAACAUUGCUCGGCGUGCGGACAGAGUUCUUCAGGUGGCAGAUAUGGAGGCUCAGAACAGUGAAGAUCCUACAUUCGUUGACCGGGUCAACCGAGCUUCGGAAAUUCUGUCUUCCACAAUUACACCAGAUGUGCAGAGUGCCAAAGCUGUGGCCAUGAAUCCAGCUGACGCUGCAGCUGCCUCUCACUGGAGAAAGAACAAUCAAGCUUUGAUUGAAGCAGUGGGCGGAGUCAGGCAGGCUGUGACUGUCCAGCCAAAGAGUAGCUUCUACGAUGACAGGUUCCCUCCCCCUCCAGACCUGUCCCAGCUUCACAUCUCAGGAGAAGGAGCACCUCCACGACCGCCGCUGCCUUAUGACCAGGCACCUCCAAGGCCACCUCCCCCAGAGACUGACGAUGAAGAUGAUACUUUUUUCCCUAUACCUCAAGCCAACCAGCCAAUUAUGAUGGCAGCACAUGCCCUUCACAUGGAAGCCAAGCAGUGGUCAAGCAAGGACAAUGAGAUUAUUGCUGCAGCUAAAAAGAUGGCUCUUUUGAUGGCUAAGCUAAGCCAGCUGGUCAGGGGUGAGGGUGGAACAAAGAAGGACCUCAUUGCCACAGCCAAAGCCAUUGCGGAAGCUUCUGAGGAGGUGACCAGACUGGCUAAGAAGCUGGCAGCAGAGUGUACGGACAAGAAGAUGAGGAUGAAUCUCCUGCAAGUGUGUGAGAGAAUUCCAACCAUUGGAACCCAGCUGAAGAUUUUGUCUACAGUCAAGGCCACCAUGCUGGGAGCACAAGAACCCAUCCCGGCCCCAGACGGAAGCGAAAUCGCCUGCGGUUCAGAGGAAGAUCAGGAAGCCACAGAGAUGUUGGUCGGCAAUGCCCAGAACCUGAUGCAAGCAGUCAAGGAAACUGUACGCAGUGCGGAGGCUGCCUCUAUCAAGAUCCGUGUGGAUUCUGGAUACACCAUCCGCUGGGCUCGCAAGCGACCCUGGUAUACGUAA